GGCUAAGCAGUGAGGGGCAAACACACCCCACCUCCAGCUUUUAAAAAAAAAAUUUACUCAAAAUUAGUAAAUACUUCCAAUAAAUACAAUCACGUUUAUCUUCGUACUUCGUAGUGUAUUCAAAUAAAUAUACUCUAGGUUAAAAAGGAUUUGCAAACCAUUUCACUGUCUUUAUUUACUCUACGUUUUACACUACAUCUCAACUUCAUUGGAAAGGAAUUUGUACCUGUGUGUGUGUGCAUCUGUGUGUGCACGUGAGUGCGUGUGUGUGUGCGCAUUUGUGUGUACAUGUUUGUACAACAUUUUAAGUUACUAAUUACCUAGUGUUUUCAAGCAAAUAGGCAUGUUCCAUCGCUUUAAGCAAAACACAAGCCAUUACUUUUUAUCGGAACAUCAAAGGUUUCCAAUGCGCCAGUGGUCACUGGUUAGAAUUGUGUAAAUUAUACAGAAAUGGAUAGCAUAAACCCCUUGAGAAAUGUAUAAUGGUUUAAAAAUUGACAGACUAGAGGUCAAGUGCUAAAAAAAAACUAUGAACCCAUGCUGAUGAAAUUGUUCUGAAAAAUCUAGCUGAUCAAAAUCGAUGGACAUAAAAAAAAGCCCUUCUGGCUAAUGCUCAUAAUUUUGGAGAUGAGGUGUUAAAUUUUGAUCCACAUUUUGGAUUCUUUUACAUGUAGGUAAAAGCAAUGAUAGAAUUACAUAAUAUGUAUGCCUAUGUAUGCAAUCUUUGAAAAAUAUCUUAACUGAAUAUUUAAUUUAGUCUCAAACUAGUACAGUAAUGAUCUUAAUUUAUUUUAGAAAAGACAUUUCAAAUGGUGACUCUGGUCUUCAAUUAUGCAUUUUUACAAUUUACAUAUAUAUUACAGAUUAAUAAUUUCCAUAACACACAAAUUUACAAAGAUAAAAAAUUGUCCUUCAUUUCCUUGAACCACAGAUUGACUGACUGUUCAUUGCACGUGGCCUCAUACAUGGCCUGCAGCUCUUCCUGGUUUGACUCGAGUGGAAUAUAAAACUCCAGACACAAUGAAGCCUCCCUCAUAUGGCUUUGACAGGAGAAUGACUUUUAACCCUUUACUGGUCUGUUUUAACCUGCUUUAAUACAAAUAUAUAUACGUAUAUAUGUAUACAAUAUAUACAGUAUAUACGUUUUGUUCAGAAUGGAGCUACAAGUUAUCAGCGAUGCCAUUCACCUGUCCGAACACAGAUCUGGAAUUCUUCAAUCAGUGACCAAUGACAAGACAGUGGAGUAUGCAUCUGAUUAUUACGAUGGCUACGGGGAUCACAGUCAUGUUGUGUCCUGUGGAUCUGAUGUCCAAAGUGGCUAUGAGACCCUGGAUGCCCCACCAAACUACGACUUCUAUGCCAACACAGACGUUGGUGGACGACGGAAGCGCUUGAGGCCAUCUCUCUACCAACUCCAUACCAACCCUGAAGACAACGUUCAGCCUCCCAUGUAUGUGGAAACAACACCUGAAUUUUUGGAAGGAGAAAGCUCUGAGGAUGAGGAGGAAAAGGAGCCCCCGCCUGAACCGACACGAUUUGGCUGGGUGCAUGGAGUAAUGAUCCGUUGCAUGUUAAACAUUUGGGGGGUGAUCUUGUACCUGAGGCUUCCUUGGAUUACUGCACAGGCUGGCAUAGGUCUAACCUGGGUGAUCAUCCUACUGUCCUCGUGCAUAACUGGCAUCACUGGGCUCUCUACAUCUGCUAUUGCUACUAAUGGAAAAGUCAAAGGAGGUGGGACCUAUUUUCUAAUCAGUCGUAGCCUUGGUCCAGAGCUGGGAGGGUCCAUUGGUCUUAUUUUUGCCUUUGCUAAUGCUGUGGCUGUAGCCAUGCAUACUGUGGGCUUCGCUGAGACCGUUGUGGACCUCAUGCAUGAAAAUGGUGCUGUCAUGGUGAACCGAAUCAAUGACAUCCGCAUCAUUGGUAUCAUCACGGUUACAUGUCUUCUAGGUAUCUCAAUGGCUGGCAUGGCAUGGGAGUCAAAGGCCCAGGUUCUGUUUUUUCUGGUCAUCAUGGUGUCAUUUGCUAGCUACCUUGUUGGAACCAUUAUCCCUGCAUCGCCACGCAAACGGGCGAAAGGCUUUUUCAGCUAUAAAGCGGAUAUUUUUGCCACCAAUUUUGUACCCAAUUGGCGGGGCCAGGAGGGCAGCUUCUUCGGCAUGUUCUCCAUUUUCUUUCCUUCUGCAACUGGCAUCCUGGCAGGAGCUAACAUCUCAGGAGAUCUAAAGGAUCCAACAGUGGCCAUCCCCAGAGGAACACUAAUGGCUAUAUUUUGGACCACCUUGUCAUAUCUCAUAAUCUCUGCUACCAUUGGGUCCUGUGUGGUCAGGGAUGCAUCGGGACAACUCAAUGACACUUUGUCCUCAUACUCACCCAGCAAGACCUGUGUUGGUUUGGCUUGUCAGUAUGGUUGGGACUUCACAGAUUGUAUCAACAACAACACGUGCAUCUUUGGCAUUAGUAAUUACUAUCAGUCAAUGAGCAUGGUGUCAGCCUUUGCUCCACUCAUCACUGCUGGUAUAUUUGGUGCAACACUUUCUUCUGCUUUGGCCUGCCUAGUGUCUGCACCCAAAGUGUUCCAGUGUCUGUGCAAGGAUGAGCUCUACCCUCUCAUUGGCUUCUUUGGCAAAGGUUAUGGCAAAAAUGAUGAAGCACUGCGCAGCUACCUCUUGGCAUACAUCAUUGCUGUCUGUUUCAUUCUCAUUGCUGAGUUGAACACGAUAGCGCCGAUAAUCUCCAACUUCUUUCUCUGCUCCUACUGUCUGAUCAACUUCAGCUGCUUCCAUGCCUCAAUCACCAACUCACCUGGUUGGCGCCCAACCUUCAGGUUGUACAAUAAAUGGCUGUCCUUACUAUGCGCUGUGUGUUGUUUGGUUAUCAUGUUCCUGUUGACUUGGUGGGCUGCUCUCAUUGCUUUUGGUGUUGUCUUGCUCCUUUUGGGAUAUACACUCUACAAGAACCCCAAUGUGAACUGGGGCUCGUCAGUGCAGGCCAGCUCCUACAACAUUGCACUGAAUCAAUGUUUGAGCCUGAACCAGGUGCAAGACCAUGUAAAGAACUACAGGCCACAAUGUUUGGUUCUGACAGGUCCUCCCAGCAGUCGACCGGGUCUAGUGGAUUUUGUAAGCUGUUUCACAAAGAAUCUCAGUCUCAUGGUGUGUGGCCAUGUGAUUACUACUGACCUCUCUCCAAAACUGCAGAGUGAAAGUCAUAUUUCCUGGUUGAACCAAAGAAAGGUGAAGUCAUUUUACAAAUAUGUGGUGGCGGCAGACCUACGAUCAGGGGUGAACAUGCUGCUACAGGGAGGAGGUUUGGGUAGGAUGCGACCCAAUGUCUUGCUGAUGGGUUUCAAAACAGACUGGGACAGUGACUCACCUCAGGCAUCACACAAUUACAUUGAAAUAUUGCAGGAUGCAUUUGACCUUCAGUAUGGUGUUUGUGUGUUAAGAACAAGAGAUAGAAUGGAUAUUUCUCAUUUAUAUCAGUCACAUGCCAAUCCAGUCUUUGAGGAAGGACCCGAAAGCGUAAACGUCAGACAUACCAGUUCUGGUCUUAACAUCAUUUCAUCAACUUUGCCCAUUGAGGCAGAACCUCAGCUGAGUAGGCCUACACUGUUUCAGGAAAAACAAGGACAGAAGACAAUUGAUGUAUACUGGCUGUCUGAUGAUGGAGGUCUUACCCUGCUGCUCCCUUACUUGCUCACUCGGAGGAAGCGCUGGGCCAAAUGUAAAGUUCGAAUAUUUGUGGGAGGAGACAAUUCCAAUAAAGACGCAAGGAGAGAAGAGGUGAUGACACUAAUCAAGAAGUUCCGUCUUGGGUUCCAUGAUGUAGAAGUGCUUCCUGACCUCUUUCAAAAACCACAGUCCAGGAACAUUCACCACUUUGAGAAUAUGGUGAGUUCCUUCAAGUUGGACAUAAACCAAAAAAAUGAAUCCGAUUCUGGCUCAUCAAGGGCACAUGAGGAGCCCUGGUGGAUUACUGACCAGGAUAUGAAGAGGAACAGAGCCAAGACCUUCCGUCAGAUUCGUCUAAAUGAGAUCCUACAGAAUUACUCCAGAGAAGCUGCACUGAUUAUUAUCACGAUGCCAGUGAGGAGGCGAGGGCUGUGCCCCAGUAUUCUGUACUUGGCAUGGCUGGAAUUCUUGUCACGUGAUUUAAGGUCCCCUGUCCUGUUGGUCAGAGGAAACCAAGAAAACGUCCUCACUUUCUACUGUCAAUGAAUUGUUCUACGGUGUCUUGGGCAGAGAUAAUGGACAGCAAUUUCUUAGUUUUGACAGAUCAUCAUUACAUCGUAAUGAAAAAGUUCAUUUAAUAAUUUCAUUUUAAUCAAAACUAUACAUUAUCUUACAAAAAAUCAAAUGAUGAUUUUAAAUGGCAAUCAUAUGUUGAAUAUGAUGAAUAUGUAUGUUGACUCACAAUGAUUAGUAACCACAUUAUGCAUCCUGAACAUGCUCAAUCAUGUUUUGUGUCAAUUAUUGUCGUUGUAGUUCUCGAACACAACCUAAAAAAAUACUGAGCACUUCAAGUAACACCAUAAGGAAGAUCAUUAAAAUACAAAAAAAGAAAUACAACAAUGUAGACCCAAGUGUCUAUCAAAAUAAGGCAAAGCUUUUUUUUUUCAUUUUGGGGUCAGUGGUGAUUCUCAAAAGAUGUAAUCUCAAUUGUCUCUUGCUAAAUGUAUGGUUCAGAUUUUCAAAAUAA